UUUAAUUUUCAUGAAGCUUUUUUGGUUUGCAGUGAAUUAAAUCGGUACCCAGAAGAAACUGUCAAUAUCUGUAAAGCAACAUUUACAGCAGGUCUUUUUGGCUUGGUAUACGGAGGCAUUCCGGGUUUCUUAAAUGCCAAGAAAAGAUACAUUGAGCAGAGCGGUGCAGAGAUGUACCACAAUCGCCUGGAUGCUGCGCAAUCUGCGCACCGUGCAGCUACACGGGGCUUCAUCCGUUACGGCUGGCGUUGGAGCUGGAGAGUUGCUGCCUUUGUAGCAAUAUUCAACACUGUGAGCAUCAGUUUGUCUGCGUAUCGUGAUAAAAACAUACUCAGUCAUUAUGUUGCUGCAGGAGCUAUUACAGGAGGCUUGUUCAGAUUUAACUUGGGCUUGGGAGGUUUUGCGGCAGGCAGCAUUUUUGGAGCAUUGUUGGGUGUCCCUGCAGGAGGACUGGUGAUGGGAAUGCAAAAGCUUUCUGGUGAAACCUUGCUUGAGAAAAGAAAACGGGAGCGAAGGGAGCUGUAUGAACAGCAGCUGACAGAGUGGAACAGCAGCCUCAGCCUCACUGAGAACAUCUCAAAAGAAAUAGAUGAUUACAUGCAGAAAGGACCUGAGACGAAAGAUGGUGAAAAUAUCCAGAAAUUAGUAAAUCUUACCCCAAAUUCUGAAUCUUGACUGAACUGCAGUGGAAUUUGUGGCAAAAACUGGACUUACAGCACCUGUGUCAAAGGAUCUUGUGCUAAAAUUUUUCCCAUGCCCUGUUUCCAGGUCAC